AUGUUUUUUACAUUCAUUUUGGUUUUUAUAUCUUUUAUAGCUUAUAAAGUUUAUCCAAAAUUCAGAGUACCCGAAGGAAUUAAAAAUGUACCGACAUUAAGUUUCUUGAAAUUGGUUUCAGCUAUUUUUUCUAAUGGGGGUCCUGACAAACGUUGGGAAAUUACACGUAAGGUUUUGGAAAAAGAAGGCAUUGGAAAACUCUGGUUCAAUGGAGUAUGGCAUAUCAUUACAACCGAUUUGGAACUUACAAAAGAUGUAUUUUCAAAGACAGAUUUGUAUCCUAAAACAUCGCUCGAUGAAUCAAUCCCCGGAUCUUUAACGGCUAAUUACUACGGUACGAACGUAGUCUUUUCCAACGGAGAUGUUUGGAAACGUCAUCGGUAUGGUAUCACUUCUCAUCGUAAAUCGAUUUCAGCAGUAAUUUAUUUCCCUUUAUUUCUUAGCCAUAUUACAAGUCCUGCGUUUAAAAGUUUACCCAUGCACGUAUUUGAUGAAACUGCUGUGAAAUUGUUGAAAGUCAUUGAAAAAGUUGAUAAUGGACCCUUAGAAGUUCAAGAUCUAAUGCAUAGACUUACCUUGGACGUUCUUGGAAGAGUUGCUUUUGGAUUUGAUUUUAAUAAUCUUGAAGAUCCAACAAACGUUUAUGUUACUACUUAUCAAGAAGUGACAGCCGAAUGUGAUAAGCCUAUAUAUUUUAUUAUUCCAUUUAUUGAAUAUCUCCCGUAUUUUGAUCGUACUGAAGCGCGUAAAAAAGUUGCAAAGAUUAAUGAAUUAUAUGAUGGACUUAUUGAAACGAAACGUAAAUCAAUGGAAACGGAAGAAUUGAGUAAAAAAAUAAACAAUAAUACCGCUGAUUUGUUAGAAUGUAUGAUACACGCUUCUAGUGAUCCAAAAUAUCCCAUGUCAGACGAAGAAAUGCGAUAUAAUCUUGCAAUGUUUAUGUUAGCUGGUCAUGAUACUACCGCUACUGCUUUGACAACCAUAUUAUAUGUCUUAGCCACCCACAAGGAUGUGCAAAGUAAAGCUCGUGAUGAAAUAUUACGCGUCCUUGGCGAUUCUUUAAUUCCGACCAUAGAUCAGCAAAGAGAAUUAAAAUAUUUGAACAUGGUUAUAAAGGAAAACUUAAGAUUAUAUCCACCGGUUCAUCAAUUACCAAGAAGAGAAAAUUCGGAGACUAUUAAAUUUCGAAAUCAUGUAUUUUUACCGAAAACACCUAUCUUAAUAAAUAUUUAUGGAAUCCAUCAUUCUCCAAAUAAUUGGAAAGAUCCUGAAGAAUUUAAUCCUGAAAGAUUUGAGAAUGAUAAUGAUGAAAAACGCGAACAAUAUACUUGGUUACCUUUUGGCAGUGGUACCAGAACUUGUUUGGGGAACAACUUUUCACUUAUUGAACAAAGAGUGAUGUUGUGUGCUUUACUAAGAAAAUAUGAGGUGUCUUCUCCUACAGAUAGUAUUCAUCAAGAUAAAUUACAUCUUGAUCAUUCUAGUUCUACACUUACGGGACUACAAUCAUUGCACUUAAUAUUUAAAAGAACAGAAUAA